AAAAUCGUUUUGUUACCGUUAAAUUACUAGACUAACGUAGGGCUGAAUUUGGACUUUUAUUUACCUUUUUCGCACGUUAAAACACGAGCACAGAUGCGCUCUUAAUAAGACGGAACGCAACUUUGCUGUUAGCACGUAAACACUGAGGUACGCAGACAUCGCGAGGUUUCGUUGAUCUGCCAAGCGGCGCAUGUUCGGUCGAGCUUGUGCGCCUGCGCCAACGCUGUUAGCUCAGCGGCUAAAGCGAAGGUGUCGACUUAAAAACGUAUAAAUAACGUCUUUUCAAACCAGUUUGCGCUGUCGAGAUUUCCGGAGCCAUUUUAUGUUUUAUGUUUCAGUUGUUUUUUAAGUUUUAAAACAAGUCGCCAGCUGCUUCAGUUGUUUAUCAGAAAGCUGCAGCGCUGUUUCACUGAAGAAACUUCACCUGACUUUCCUUCAGCAUGGGACACAUUGGCAAUACAACUGAGACGUGUGUGCAGUAGCUGAGUCCCUCAGCUCUGCUGUUUCCAGCCUCACCUCAGUCCUGCCUGCUGACGUGAUACACCAGCUUCAGCACCGCCACACGUCCUGCAGCGUGGACAGGACGACCCGAGUCAGGCCUGGCGUUGGAGGCUUGUCGUGGGCAGUGCUGGUGGAGGUUGGUUAGAUCAUUGCUUUGAUAUUGGAUCUCCUUCCCUUUUUCAGGACCUGAGAGGGACGGGCAGCUCUGGUGAGAGCUGGACUAAUAAAUUCAGAGAUCAAUAAGGAGGGAUGCAGCUACGUCUCCCUCCAGAUGUGGAGGCGGUGCAUUGAUCAGCGCUGAGGCGGGAGGGGGUCAUUACCUCCAUCCCUGUCUCUCCCUGCUCUUCCCUCUCCAAAUGAGGGCUCAGUGUCGCCCCCCCGCUGCCUUUGAGGUCCGCCGUGUGACAUUUCCUCCUUCCUACUCGAUGAGCAGCAGAGCGGGAAAGAACUGCUGUGCAGACUGAGAGCUGCGGGAACAGAAAUCCUCGUUGCUUUGGUCGCUCGUCUUGUUCUGUCCGUGAGGUGAUUUGCGCGCGUCUCUUCGGAGCAUCUAGGAAACGUUUGUCAUUGGCUGGCGUGCGGCUCGCUGCGAGGCCGCUGGCCGCGAGCGCACGUUCCGCAUGAGCGAAGUCGACCCGCCUGCUGAAUGCUGAUUGGGCAUAAUUGGGGGUUAGCGAUGCGGUGUAAUUAGAGUGAUUACAGUCAUCAAAUCCCCGUGGAGAGUCUCCUCGCUGUCCGUGAUGCACGUCCUCUAGUUGUGUUGAGUGAAAAACUUUCCCUCCAGCGCGCGCGCGCACACACACACACACACACACACACACACACACACACACUCACGUUAAACCUAAUUGUGACUCUGUAAGUAUUGACACUCAAAAAACUCUUUGAAAGUACUUUCCAAAUAUUCAUGUUCCCAAAAUGCUGUAACCAUUAAGGUCCAGAUCUCUGGGACUCGUGUCUGUGCGGUCAGGAGGACUCAGACUCUGGGAUUAACACGUUCACGUGUUUAUCAGAGACCAGCUUCCUCCUGGGAAACGCCCAGAUCGUCGAAUGGCCUGUAGUUUACAGCAAUGACGGAUUCUGCAAGCUGUCUGGCUUCCACAGAGCUGAGGUCAUGCAGAAAAGCAGCACAUGCAGGAAGUCCAGUGUGGUUCUACAUGCAGGUGGCUCCCAUCAGGAACGAGAACGACAAGGUGGUUCUGUUCCUCUGCACCUUUAAGGACAUCACCCUCUUCAAGCAGCCCAUCGAAGACGAAACCACAAAAGGAUGGACCAAGUUUGCUCGGCUGACGCGGGCGCUCACCAACAACCGCAACACGCUGCAGCAGCUGGCUCCCAUAGGCAAACAUGAAGUCAGCCAUAAACAGUCCAGACUGGCAGAGGUUUUGCAGCUGAACUCAGACAUCCUCCCGCAGUACAAGCAGGAGGCCCCCAAGACGCCUCCCCACAUUAUCCUUCACUACUGCACCUUCAAGACCACCUGGGACUGGGUCAUCCUCAUCCUCACCUUCUACACGGCCAUCAUGGUGCCCUACAACGUCUCCUUCAAGACCAAGCAGAACAACAUCGUCUGGCUGGUGCUGGACAGCGUGGUGGACGUCAUCUUCCUGGUGGACAUCGUCCUCAACUUCCAUACCACCUUCGUGGGGCCCGGCGGCGAAGUUAUCUCCGACCCCAAGCUCAUCCGCAUGAACUACCUGAAGACCUGGUUCGUCAUCGACCUGCUGUCCUGCCUGCCCUACGACAUCAUCAACGCCUUCGAGAACGUCGAUGAGGGCAUCAGCAGUCUGUUCAGCUCUCUGAAGGUGGUCCGCCUGCUGCGCCUGGGCCGGGUGGCCAGGAAACUGGACCACUACCUGGAGUACGGUGCAGCUGUUCUGGUCCUGCUGGUCUGCGUGUUCGGACUGGUCGCUCACUGGCUGGCUUGCAUCUGGUACAGCAUUGGAGACUACGAGGUCAUCGACGAGACCACCAACGCCAUCAAGAGGGACAGCUGGCUCUACCAGCUGGCUAUCAGCAUCGGAUCGCCUUACCGCUACAACGCCAGCGGUUCUGGCCAGUGGGAGGGCGGCCCUGGCAAAGACUCCCUGUACAUCACCUCCCUGUAUUUCACCAUGACCAGCCUGACCACCAUCGGCUUCGGCAACAUCGCCCCCACCACCGACGGGGAGAAGAUCUUCUCUGUGGCCAUGAUGAUGGUGGGAUCUCUGCUCUAUGCCACCAUCUUUGGAAAUGUGACCACCAUCUUCCAGCAGAUGUACGCCAACACCAACCGCUACCACGAGAUGCUCAACAACGUCAGGGACUUCCUGAAGCUCUACCAGGUGCCCAAGGGGCUGAGCGAGCGCGUGAUGGACUACAUCGUCUCCACCUGGUCCAUGUCCAAAGGCAUCGACACGGAGAAGGUCUUGUCCAUCUGUCCCAAGGACAUGCGGGCCGACAUCUGCGUCCACCUCAACAGGAAGGUGUUCAACGAGCAUCCUGCCUUCCGGUUAGCCAGUGACGGCUGCCUGCGCUCGCUAGCGGUGGAGUUUCAGACCACCCACUGUGCUCCCGGUGACCUGAUCUUCCAUGCCGGAGAGAGCGUGGACACCUUGUGUUUCGUUGUGUCUGGGUCACUAGAGGUCAUCCAGGAUGACGAGGUCAUCGCCAUCUUAGGCAAAGGCGACGUCUUUGGUGACGUCUUCUGGAAGGAAACCACGCUGGCGCACGCGUGUGCUAACGUCCGAGCGCUGACGUACUGCGACCUGCACGUCAUCAAGAGGGAAGCUUUGCUCAAGGUGCUCGAGUUCUACACGGCCUUCGCCAACUCCUUCUCCAGAAACCUCAUCCUCACCUGCAACCUGCGCAAGCGGAUAAUUUUCCGCAAGAUCAGUGAGGUAAAGAAGGAGGAAGAGGAGAGGCAGCGAGCGAAGAACGAGGUGCAGCUCACCAUCCCGCAGGACCAUCCCGUCCGGAAGCUGUUCCAGAAGUUCAAGCAGCAGAAGGAGCUCCGCAACCAGGGAGCUGCAGCGGCCUCUCAGCUGGACCUCGAGAAGAACCAGCUGCAGGUGGAGCAGCACCAGCACCAGCACCUGCACCCCCACAGCCUCCAGCUGGGCCACUCCAGCCUGCAACACUCCCUGCCACUCAGCCUGCAGCGCCCCCCCUCCUCCAUGCAGAACGGGGCUCCGCCCAGCAGCAGCGUGCUGACCGUGUCUCAGGUCACGCCCAUGCAGAGCUCGCUGGCUUACAGCCAUCCCAGCGAUCCUCCCGCCAAGCAAAACAACUGUGACAUCAUGGAGCUGCAGCCCAGCUCUGCUGGCGGGGGAGGUGAGCAGACUGUCAGGCUCAAAGUCAGCACCAGUCCUGCACUGGGGAAGCCGGCCCUCAAGGCCAGCGGCUGGAUGCGCCUGAAAAACAACAUGGCUCCAGCAGAGGCCAGGAAGGAGGGGCUGAACAACAACGUGAAGGCUGUGUCUGUGGAGAUGCUCUCUCAGGAGGGUAAAGGACAGGAAGCAGGAAGGAGUGGGGAUGUAGAGGAGGGUGGGGUGUCCAGCAACAAUCCGCUACGCAAGACUGACUCCUGUGACAGCGGCAUCACCAAGAGUGAGCUGCGGAUCGACCGGGCGGGGGAGGCGCGGACCCCCGCUUCGGUCACCCCCCUCCUCCACAGCCCUCUCCCUGCAGGAAUGGGGUCGCCUCACCCUUUCUGCCCCAUCCCUGAGCAGGCUCUGCAGGCCGCCCUGCACGAGACUCGGCUCGAGCUCCGCGGGGAAAUCCAGACUCUGGGAGGCCGUCUGGGCGCCCUGGAGAGUCAGGUAGCUGAAAUUAUCAAACUGCUGUCGGACAAGAAGCGGCCGUCCACGGGGACGCCGUCUGCCUCCACCACACCCAAAACCAAAAUCCAACGUCAGGACAUUUUCACCGUGUCCAGGCCUGUUUCUCCAGACUCAGAGAAGGACGACGGGCUCUGAAGGGAGCCAACCAGCGGUGUAGAGAGUGGAAUGGAAUACACAGUGAUCACAUGACACAUGAUCGAUGAUCACACUUAUCAGUUCAAGGUUACACUUGUUUUUGGCAUCCAGCUCUGACGGAUCCGGCUACGCCUCUGGUCUCAAAACUGGCUCCUUUAACUUUUGCACACUGACUUCAAUCUCCAGGACACAAAAGAGUCCACACUCCACAGUGGCCUGGGUCCCGUUCUUCUGAUUGUACAUACCUCUCUAUGCAUGUCCAGCUGGAUUCUGGCCUGCCAAAGAAACAACUGAACGUACUUAUUUGCCUGUAUAUUAUGCAGUUGACUGCAUGCAAAUCGAAUUUAAAGAGAACUGACUGAUUUUAUUGAGCUCCACUGUACAUAUGAAUAUUUUUCAUUGAUAAUUUACUAUGUGGACAUUCAGGGUUUGCAUACUGGUAGCACUAUAAACAUUGACUAACAAAGGGUUUACUGGUAAAGGGAUGGUGCAUGGAUUAUUCAUAAGCAGAGAAGCUGAAAGGGAUGGAGGUUUAUUUUUUCCUUUGCCUGUGAGAUGAAAUAGAAGUUUGAUUCUGCUCUCACUUCGCCUUCUGUGUCGAAGCAGCAUCCCUAAACGCAGGGAGAUCAUUUUCUUUUCGCUCCAGUUUUGCUUCUUAUAAUAAUUUCUAUUUUCGAUUACAGAAACGUCCUCUGUUUGAUGUCCAGUAAACCCUCGAGUAGAAUCCUCCUUGUGUCUAUGCACCGCUCGGGUACACUGCUAGAAUACUCUGAAUCUCACAACUUUGUUUUCACGUCAGUAAUUGAAGGAGGUUUUGUGUUUUUUUGUCCCAUUCCUCUGCAUGAAUCAGGGAUGGCAGAAUGCACUUUGGGUAAAGCUGGGAUGACAAGAAGGCUUUGGGGAAGUAACACAGAGUUUAGUUCACAUAAAAGUCCACUCAGCACAGUGACAUGUAAUCCCACAGGCCCAGCAGCACACACGGCAGUCUUAACCAGCGAGCGUCUCACUGAAGCCCGCUCUGAAUUCCAUUAACGACAGCAGCUUCGCCGCAGAAAGCUCGAGUAAUAAAAAAUGGAAUACUGUACUUUUUAUGAUAUCAUUUUUCUAAAUCUGCAUGCAAAGGAGUAGUUUUAUGCUCCAGAGUGCGUACAUAUAUCUAUAUAUAUGAGUGUGUGUCAUGCAUACGGUACACGUGUGCCGGCGUCUCUCGAUGUGGACCCUGACGGCCCAGAAGGCACAUCAGUCAGGAUUCGUCAGUAGUUUUUUCAGGUCUUGUGAGAAUCCGACGCCGUUCCUCCUCACCCUGCAGCGCUCAUCCCAUGACACUCACCGUCAAAGUGAGGCAGAACGUUCGUGUACGGCAGCCAUCAUAGGAGCCUCAGACAGUUUGAAAAGACUAGAUUCAUGCCGUUCCAGCUUCAUUACAGUAUCUGCACUUUGAGCGAACGGACGGGUGCCAGAAAACAGGCUGCUGUGAAUCUUCUGGCGUCCAUGUUGGAGGUCAUAAGUUAACAGCUUGUUGUCAGCAGUCAAGGCGUAACAAAAUGGUGUGCAGUUUCUCUCUGUUGAAGAAAAGAAAGUCCAAACUAAAACAAAACAUUAGUGUCAUCCACAGGUUAGACUCAAGCAGCUGUCAGCAGGCUGGAAAGGUGAUGAGGAUUAAUAACUUUGUAGUGCUAACUGGCAUAAAACCACACGAGCUGAAGGCGAGUUUAGACAUGAGAUUUCUGUCACAGUAUGUUAAUCAGGAACAUUUUUGAAGAAAUUCACUUUUAAUGGCAUCUGUUGUGCAAAUGAGCACAUGUUAUUUAAAUGUGAAUUUUCUCCUGUUUUCUGAACCGACCCGCCUCGCGUUCACGCUCCCCCGUUCAGCCCUCCAUCCCGCUGCUGUUGGCCGCUGAGCAGAUCCCCUGCCAGCACCAGGGGCAAAGUGCCUCGCUCAGGGGCACCUCGGCAGCAAAGUCACGCCUCUAGCAUGAAUGCAGAUAUUAAUUUAUGUGAGGAUUUCUAUGAUGGCUGCCACUGUGCUGUGUAGAGCAGCACAUGCUUCAUAUCUUUAUCUCUGACCUGUCACUUAUACUGGAAAUCAUGCAAGGCUAUGCAACCUUUGAUGUAACAGUAAAGGCUGAGUCUGAUGACCUUUAUUGUUCUGUAGUGUGUAGUGUCAACAGGAAAGGCAGGAUUAGGCCAAUUAGCAUAUCAGUUUGAGGAGACUGAGGGUUUGUUUGAGUGUGUAGAAAAGUGACAUAUUGUUUAUUUAUAUUUACCAACCAAACGUGACACGUAAACUUACCAAAUGACAAGUAGCAUAAAGUCCCUGUUAACUGCAGUCGGUUCAACACAGCCCACCUUAUCUUUAACCCAGUAGACGAUGUUGUCCUAAACCUAACCAACUUGCUACCCCAGGUCAAAGGUCACAUGAUGAAGGUCACCUGACCUGUUCCUUUCCAGGUCCAGAGCUCUUAAAAUUCCUGACUUGACGUGUGGAAAAAGUGGCGACAUCCCAUGUGUUUUAGAUUAAUGCCAACAUGCUAAGCAGUACCUGCUAAACGUUAGCAUGUCAUCGUGCCAAAACAUCCACGCUAAGCAUCAGCCAGUUUAUAUUCAAAGUUAACAUGUUAACUGCAUCCUGCCUGGAGUCUCUCUGAACAGGCUGAAGCAAACAGACCUUUAAUCACCUUUGUAGACCUCAUAAAUCGAACUGGGAAACUGUAUUUCCGGUGCAGUGUGACAGAAAUAUUCCUCCCCACCUCCUCGUUCUAAAUCUGCUGCAGACCAGUUUGCCCAGCGACGUCACAGCUUGUAUCAGCGUGGAUCUGCAGAUGGUGGUGUGUGAGCGGUUUCUGAUGAGGUUCUUGUAGUUUGACCAAGUGGGCACGACUCCCUGUGGCUCGCUGUCGCUUGGCAGCAGAGGCUCUUCUCUGAGAGGUGUUAAAAGCUUUAGGGGAAAGCAGGAGAUCACUUAGCUGCAGGUACAAUCCGUAAAUUACUCAAUAACGUCACAGAUUUGUCGUAUCCGUCUAAAUCUGAGAGAACCUCUGACUGAUUCUCCUUCCAUGCCGAUCCGUGCUGAUAGUCGCCUGCUGUCACUGGGGCCACAACAUUACAGACCUUGAAGAUUACAGCUAACAGAAGCAGAAGCCAUAACACAGGAAGAGAAACGACACAAUGGGAUCUGUUGAGCACAUCGCAUCUGAAAGUUUCCCUUAAAUCUUUUCUCACACUUCUGGGUUUUUUUCCGAGAUGAGUGGGAUCAAUGCGGUUCUGUUUUUAGAUUAUCCUCGUGUGUUAUAUAAGAACGUCUCUACACUCCUGGUUGAAGCCAGGACCAGAACUUUAGACUGGGAUUCCUGCCAGAAUCUCCUCCCUUCCACUGAGACACACAGCAUGUGCUGAAGGAACGAUGUUAUCACAGCACUGCAGGCGGCUCCAAGUGCUUUUCUGCUUGUGAUGCUAAAAUGGCUGCUUAUGCACUAGUUAAGCUGUGUGGGAAAAUGUCCAAAAAUCAUUAAAAAGAAGGUGAAAAAAAAACUUUAACAUUUUAACAAGUGACUUCAUCAGAUGUCCCCCAAAACUACAAUGUGGAUUAGAGUUGACCCCCAACUUCUGAAAGAAAAUAGUUCCUCCAUGAAACUGCAGACAGCAAAGUCAUCACAACAGAAAUGACAGUAUCAGAUUAUCCUGAAGGGUAACUUCAACACUAACAUCGCUGGAGUCGGGAAUAAUUCAGCCUUUCAGUGUCUUUCAAUGGGAUUUUAGGAAUGAAUCACAGUGAGGCAUGUUGGACUUAAUCUGAAAUAAAAA